AAAAUCAGACCCCGCCUGAACCCUAGCUAGCGCGGCGCCCCGGGAGCAGGGAUGGUGGCGAAGAAGCCGGCCGCGUCGGCGGCAGCCGGCGCCGUUGGCCCGGAGGCGGAGGAGCGGAAGCGCCUGCGUUCGCUGGCCUUCUCCAAGGGCCUGCUGCAGCGCGGCGAGCCGGCGGCGCACCGGGCGGCGCUGCCGCCGUCCGGCGCCGUGGCGCGGUUGCAGGGGCGCGACAUCGUGCGGCCGCGGGGCCAGCGCAGGGGCCGCUUCCUCUUCUCCUUCCCCGGCCUCCUCGCGCCCGCCGCCGGCGCCGGCGGCCGCGUCGGGGAGCUCGCCGACCUCGGCACCAAGAACCCCGUCCUCUACCUCGAGUUCCCGCAGGGGAGGAUGAAGCUGCUGGGGACGCACGUGUACCCCAAGAACAAGUACCUCACGCUGCAGAUGACCAGGUCCGCCAAGGGCGUCGCCUGCGAGGACGUCUUCGAGAGCAUGAUUGUGUUUUCCGAAGCCUGGUGGGUCGGGACGAAGGAGGAGAACCACGACGAGCUCAAACUCGAGUUUCCGAAAGAGAUGCAGAAUGUAUGCAUGCUGCGGGAAGAUGUUGAUUUUAAAGGCGGGGCAGGUGCUGCCAGUGGCGAGGUAGUUACAGUAAAUAAACCCAGAAAGCAGGCCGCUGUGCCCCGCACAGCAGAGCCCCGCACACCAGAGCCCCACACACUAGAGUAUGAAUCCGAUGCUGAUUCAGAGGAUUCGGAUGUUAAGGAUGAGAUUGGCACGCAGACUACGAGUGAUACACCUGUUAGGAAAUCUGCCAGAACUGCUGGGAAAACCUUCAAGUUCGCAGAGCUCGCUGGAGGAGAUUCGGCUGAAAGUGACACUGAGAUUGAGUUUGCUGAGGACUUGGAUGAGAAGAUGGAGACUGCAGAAAUUAAGGAAGAAAUCCCAGUUGAAGACAUUACGGAAUAAAUCCCAAGUGAAGACAUUAAACCUGAAGAUUCUCCAGCAGAGUCUCUUUCUAUCAAGAAGCAACCACUUGUUCAGGCUAAUUUGUCUACCAUGUUUAAAAAAGCUGAAGAAAAAAAAGAGGCCUACAACUACAAGAAGUCCUAAAGGAUCUCCAGCUACAAAAG